UCUCUUCGUUGAAGCAUCUUCUUCCUCUAGAUUCAAUCUGCAGAGCCGCCAUGACAGAAAGCUUGAAUUCAAACAGUACUGGAGAAGCCGAUAAGAUUAAGUUUCUCUACAGUUAUGGCGGUAAAAUCUAUCCUCGUCAUUCCGACGGUAAACUCCGAUACUUCGGUGGCCAUACCAGAAUCCUCGCCGUCGAUUGCUUAACUUCAUUUACAGAGUUAAUGAUGAAGUUCGGUGAAUCCUGUGGAUUUUCCGUGAGUUUGAAGUGUAAACUACCAAACGAAGAUCUAGAUGUACUCGUUUCCGUCACAUCAGACGAUGAUCUAGCUAACAUCAUCGAUGAAUAUAACCGUCAUCCGCAUCAGGAUUUGAAGAUUAGAGCGAUUCUAUUUCCUCUCAAAUCUAUUAAACAAGUUUCUCCAUCUGUUUCUGCUGGUUCCAGUAUCGAUUCAUCAGGAACAACAACAUCGCGCGGACGAUUUUCUCCGUUGGCGCCUAGAUUUCCGAUGUAUUUUCAGAAAGUAACCGGUGAUGUUCGUCGUCAUCCUUGCUGUGGAGAGGGAAGCUUCUCUCAAUCCUACACCUCCAAUACUCCUCGAUGGAAUCAUACAUAAUAGAAUCAGAUCCAGUUCUUUCUUAGCUCUGAAUCUAUAGAAAUACUCUUAAAUCAUCUCCUUUGAUUUCUGCGGGAACGUUGAACAGUCAUAAUAAAAGUUUGGAAUGAGAAAUUUUUGGUUCUUUUAUACAAAAUUUUGUUUUAUGAAUAUCAUCUUGGAUAAUUUUUUUCAUCAUCCAAGAACAAUCAAUCAAUCAUCUUCAUCGCCGUCUUCUUCUUCUUCUCUGUGUUCGUGUUCUAGGGUUUCGUCCCAUCGUCAUCGUCGUAGCCGUCCGUUUACGUGUUCUGUAAAUAAAUGUUAGCCGUCGGAUAAGAUUACUUCUAAAUCAUCUCACCGUUUAUUUAUUUAAUGUAUUUUAUUUUAUUUUAUUUUAUUUUUAACAUAUUCUAAUUAUUUUAUUCUCUUUUUAUAUUGAAUUUUGCAGGUCAGCAAAUACGGCGAAUUUUUGAAAUUGCUUGGAAGGGAAUGGAUGACUAAUAUAUAAAUUAAUUAAUUAAAAAUAUUUAUAAAAAUUAAAUAAAUAUAUAUUAUUUCUUAAUUGAUAAGUUUGUUUAUAAACGUAGACCACACCCAUAUCAAUCUGUUACUAUUUUAUUCUAUUUGGAUGGGGCCUAUUAACAGUUUUAUUUAUUUAUAAAAUAUAUCAUAUAAAAAUUAUAACUUUUAAUU